CAGCCGCAUGCUGGUGCAAACUUAUUUUUGAAGGCAUUUUAAAGAGGAAGUACAUAAGAGGAAGGGUGCAUUUUGUACAUUGUUACUUGUAUGCUGCUUCUGUAGUUCGGAAAACGAACGCUUCUGAGAACAUUGUGACGGGGUUGACUUGAGAAAACAAUUUGUGGAACACAUUUAAAAUGCAUAUCAUCUCUUGCUGUACAAUCCUCUUUAUUUUGACAUGUCGUGUACAGACAAAUGAAAAUGACACACACAAUGACUGGAAAAUCACCUUCAAUCCACCAGAAGUGACCGCCGUUUCAGGAUUAUGCGCUCUCAUUUCAUGUACCUUCAUUCACCCAGACAAAGAUCAAGCUCAAAUUGAUCAGGAAAAUGUGUGUAAUAAUCCAACUGAAUGUAAGAAUGAAACUGAGAUACAAAUCGAAGGAAAACAGCUAUUUGAAACAGAACAGAUUAAGUUGCUUGAACCUGAUCUGACCAAAUACAACUGCAGCAGAAUCAUCAAAGAAAUAAAAGAAGAUGAAAGAGAAAUUGUUUUCAAAAUUGUGCAGAAUAAAAAAACUUUAUCUAAAGCCAGUGUCAAAAUCAUCAUUCAAGACGAGCCUAUAAUGAAGAUUCCUCCUCUCAGAGAGGGAGAGAAGGCCGAUCUGACAUGUUCAGCUCCUUUUCCUUGUCCUGAAACUUCUCCAAAUAUAACAUGGUGGAUCAGGAAAAGAGGGGGAAACAUCACUGAUCUAAAGGACAACAUCACUCUGAGCACCUCCGAAAGCCUUUACCUCUCAACUUUGACCUUAACUCCAACCUCUGACGAUCACAAUGCCACUGUAGGAUGUAACAUGAGCUACGGAAGCAAAAUCAUCAGUACAAAUAGGACCCUCAACUUCACGUCUGUAAAGAAUCUAAAUCAAGUGAUGGAAGGUGGCACUCUCAGACUGAACUGCACUGUUGAGAGUCACCCACCAUCAUCUGAUCCUGUAUGGAGUUUCAAUGGAAACAUAGAAAUAUUCAUGAACCAAACGUCUGCUGGAUCUGUGACGAUAACCAACGUGACAAAGGAGCAUGCUGGGGUUUACAGCUGUAUGAGGACAUAUCAGAACAAGACCCUGAAUGCACUCAUCACUAUCAAUAUCCUUAGUGUUACAACUGAUUCAAAAGUGAACGAGUCCUCCAGUCCUAAAGGUAAAAACAACACACAGAAUGACAUCACUAGUACUACAGGUAUAAUAGAUUUCUUGAAGAACUGGGACAUCCCAAAGAUAGUCACAUUCGUGGCAGGAAUGGUGUGUUCGGCGCUCAUCUUCUCAGUGGUUUUGUGUUGUUGUGUGUCUUGCCACAGAGGCAAAAAACACAAAGUGCCAAUUACAAAUCCGGACACUGAGGUUAAUUUGGAGAUGGUGCAGACAGAUACAGCUCAGACUGGAACAAAUGAGGAAACACCUCUUCAGGGACAGCUUAAUGGUGGGAACCCAAACACGACUGGAGUGACAGACGGAGCAGAAGAGGAUGAAGCAGUCAGGAUGGAGGGAAAAGAGGUCGACUACGCCAGCAUUGACUACUCCCUUCUAAAGGACAGACCGCCUGAGGAGGAAGAGAAGGAACCAACUGACACAGACUACGCUGAGAUCAAGAAGGACAAGAUAGGAGAUGGGAAGCAAAAGGAAGUCCUUCAGGAUGGAGAUGACCAGAUUGAAACACAAGACCAGAUGGAGGGAGAGGAGACACGUUAUUCUAACUCAGAGGAGCUGAAAAUUUAAGGAUCUACACUCAACAAUACGACAAUUUGUAAGAUCAUUUUUACAUAUAAAGUUCAGAUGCUUAAGAAGUAUAAAAUGUAUUUUUUUUAGCUUUAAUGUGUAUAGCAUUUAUAGUUGGUAAUUGCAACAUAUGACACUUCAUUUGAUUAUUCUCGAACAUCUGUUUAUUUUAUUUCUUUUAUUGCGUGAAAACAUAAAUUUCCCAUUUUUUGCAAGUUAUUAUUAUUUUUUGUUUCUAUAUGCUUUUAAUGUGCAUUUAAUGAUGCUUCUGAGCUUUCUGAAACUGUUGCAAACUAAUCUGAGUAAAUUAAAUAAAGUUGCUUUUAUUGGUACAAAA